UCAGGACUUUUAUCUUUUGAACAAUUGAUAACAACAUAUUUACUGUGAUAAAGUGUUUCCCAAUCCAAUAGCCAGGCUAUAUAAGCAUCCCAUUGAAGAAAGUACUGGAAACACAAGACAGGAAAUCUUCAACAGCUUUUAUGAAGAGUGUUUGACAAGAGGCAACAUGUUGACCACCACUGGUUAUUUGCUGUUACUUUUCACAUUGGUGCCGCUCAUUAGCUCAGAACCUAUUAAAUGUUCAGACACAGCCAGAAAUUUUAAGGAACAGAGCUUCGUCUUGCAGUGUCCAGCUGGCUGUGCAACAGAAUACUAUUCAGUGUGGGGUUCAGACAUCUACACAGAGGAUUCCUCUAUUUGUGCAGCUGCCACCCAUGCAGGUAUAAUCCCUCAAUCUGGCGGAUCUGUGACUGUGGAAAAAAGAGUUGGCCAGAGCAAGUAUACAGGAACGACAAGAAAUGGAGUGACGAGCCAAAGUUACAGCUGGUACCCAACCUCUUAUGUUUUCGCGUCAGCCUCGACCGUUACUUGCUCCCACCAAGCCCGAGCAUUUGCUGAAAACCAAUUUAAAGUACUCUGUCCUGCUGACUGUACAUCGCAAAGCAGCUCUGUGUGGGGAACAGACAUCUACACUGAUGACUCGUCCAUCUGCCGUGCCGCCAUCCAUGCAGGGAAAAUCAGGGACUCUGGGGGAAUAGUGGAAGUCUUGAAGAGACCUGGACAAAGCAGCUACUCAGCAAGCCAGCGGUUUGGAGUGUCGAGCAGAAGCUGGGGCUCCUGGAGCAACUCCUUCAUAGUUAUCUGAACAAUGGAGCACUGGAGACAGGACAGCCCCACUGAGGACUUCAGGACGGCUUCAGAUUACAGAAUGUUGUGAUCACACCUUUGUAAACCUUGUGAAACAUUGUGGA